GCUGCAGAGAGCGGACCGCAGAGUCAGAGCGCAGACACUCAGUCCGCAAGCACCGCGGAGGAAACACAACGGAGUCUAUGUGUUUGGGAUUUUGUUUUGUUUAGGUUUUAAUCAGUCAUGGCAGCGGGAAAAAUGCGCUCCACACGCAGACUACGCUCCUGGAUCGUCGAGCAGGUCAGCAGUGGAAAAUACCCCGGGCUGGUGUGGGACGACGAGGCCAAAACCAUGUUCCGCAUCCCGUGGAAACACGCGGGGAAACAGGACUUCCGCAAAGACGAGGACGCCGCCAUCUUCAAGGCGUGGGCAGAGUACAAAGGAAAGCUGACAGACGGAGGGCAGGACAACCCGGCCUCCUGGAAGACCCGUCUGCGCUGUGCCCUCAACAAGAGUCCAGAGUUUAAGGAGGUGAUGGAUCGAGCCCAGCUGGACAUAUCUGAGCCGUACAAGGUCUACCGCCUCGUCCCCUUCAGCGAGCAGGGUUUGGUGGCUCCUGAAAAGAAAGGCCGCGAAAAAACGUCCAGGAGGUCGAAGAGGAGGAGCAGCGAGUUGGAGAGCGACGAUGUCAGUCGUGACAAGCAGAUAAAGACGGAGGAGGUCACGUCUCAGCAGCAUGUCGAAGACGUUCUGCUGCAGAGCGACAUCAUCGUCGAGACAGAUGAGCCUGUUCAGCACACAGCCUCCAUCCCGAGAGAUGUGGUCGAUGAGAUCAGGCUGGAUGUGCGGAUCGAGGAGAGCGUCCCUGCUCCUCAGGGAGACCAGGACUCCUUCAAUGUGGCCGUUCACUAUUUAGGACAAGAGGUUCUCAACCGUCAGAUCCAGGGAACUGACGUCCGGAUAACGUACCUGCCUUCCUCCCUCAGUCCCCCGACGCCGGCCGUCCUCAAAGGCAGAUUCCCACGCGUCCCUCUGCCCGAGCCGCCCUCCACGCUGCCGGCCAGCCCAGAGCUGCAGGCGCUGUUCACGCUGCUGCCCUUCAUGGAGAAAGGAGUGGUGCUGACUUCCACGCCGCAGGGAGUGUACGGGAAGAGGUUCUGCCAGGGACGGGUGUUCUGGACGGGGCCACACAUGACCACACCGGGGCUGCAAAAGAUGGAGAGAAACACUGAGCCGGUGCUGCUCUUCAGUAAAGACAUCUUCAAGCAACAGCUGGACCAGUUCCGUUCGAACGGCGGCGAGCCGCCUCAGUGCAACGUCAUUCUGUGUUUUGGAGAAGAGCUGAGUAACACGGAGGACCCGUCCAGAAAACUCAUUAUUGUUCAGAUCACUUUCCCGUGGGCAGAGCAGCAGGUCCAGAACGCUCAGUCCAUCUUUGAGUCCAUCACCAUCCUCCAGACUCUGGCCAGUCAGUCUCCGCUGGGUGAAAUAACUCUGAACCUGGUCACUGUGCCGACAUCCGAGACCAUCACCUGCGGGACGCUCUGAGCACUUUAGGCAACGUGAGGGGUUUAACUCCAAGAAUAAGACCCUAUCAUUCCCACCACCACCACCACCAGUUUAAAACGUGACCACCAGGGGCUGAGCAAUAUGUCGGCAUGUUUAUCAUUUAUCAUGUUUAUCAAGUUACCAGAUCAUGUAAAAUAAUUUUCUCUGUCCAGUUUAAAAACACAGAUUCAUUACAGCCUGAAUUGUCCCUGAAUGAUAAUAUAACUCAUGUCAAAAUAAGAGUCUCUAGUUUGUGUGGUAGUUGCAUUUAUUACAUACCACUCAGCCCCUUCACAUGUAUAGCACUUAAACAUAUGAACACUUUAUGGUUGGAGAUAUAAUAGUGAACUUUCUGUCCCCUGGAAGUGGAUUUUCAGGGGUGGACUUUGGUCCCUGAUGUCCUCGGAGAUUAGUUGGUGUACUGGAAGCACUACGUGUAAACCAACACUGAGAGGUCGUCUUUACUCUUUAAAAAUGUGACGUUAACUCAAUGCUUUUCACCUUUUCAUUCCCCCAGUUUAAAGGGUUUCAGGCCUUUGAAUGAAAAUUUAGUAGAAUUUAAACGGGUCUGAAGCGGCGUUCAGUCAGGACAGUCCCACUGAACCUCCGCCUACUGCUUCGAAGAUUUCCUGCCCAGGAUCAGUGAAACCUGGAUCACUUCUUUGAGAACUGCACGUAAUUCUGAUGCUGUUUAGACAUUUUUAAAAAAAUUUUUUAAUGUUUUACUGUCAGAGUCUGUCGUAGCUGCUCUGGGGGCCAACAAAAAAACAGAAACUCCACACAAAAGCCCUGCAGUGAACACAGUCUGCUGAAGCUCAGAAUGUCUGGUCGUUUGUUGAGACUGUCAGGAAGUUUUUAUACACAUUUUUUUUUCCCAAUGUGGCAGUUUGGUGAAUUGUCACGCAAAUGUCCCAUUAAAUGUCUCUGUGUUUACAUGUCAAACACUGUUCCUCUUUCCCACCACAGCUAACUGUUUCUGGCGAGAGCCGGAAUGAUUUAAAACACGUUUCCUCUUGAAAAGUUACUCGAGUUUAAGGAGCUUGCAGCUGAUGCAACAUCAGUUUAGGCAAGAACUCGUUUGCUGUAAACGACGAAGGCAGCUACACACAUGAGUCGUGUUAAAAACACAUAAGCGUUGUUUGUUUGGCCUUUAAAAGGAAUCUGACAUCUCUGAGGUUUCGGGGCAACGCACAGAGGCACGAGCUGACAUUCCUGCUGCGGAACAGACACUGAACAGGAUUUACUGUUGCUUUCAAGUGGCGUGUAACUGCCAUGUUCAGAAAAAAAAACAAAAAAAAACGUCCAUUUGAGGAA